AUGAUGUUAUCCGAGCAAGCCCAGAAGUGGUUUCCAACUCACGUGCAGGUCACCGUGCUUCAAGCCAAAGGUCUGAAGCCAAAAGGCAAAAGUGGCACCAAUGAUACAUACACCAUCAUCCAAUUGGGCAAGGAAAAAUACUCUACCUCUGUAGCAGAGAAAACCCUUGAUCCAGUCUGGAAAGAAGAGGCUUCUUUUGAGCUCCCUGGAUUGCUAAUGCAGGGGAAUCCAGAGAAAUACAUACUUUUCCUGGUAGUCAUGCACAGGUCUUUGGUGGGUCUGGAUAAAUUUUUGGGGCAGGUGGCAAUCAAUCUCAAUGACAUCUUUGAGGACAAACAGAGAAAGAAAACAGAGUGGUUUAGGUUAGAAUCUAAACAAGGGAAAAGAGCCAAAGACAGAGGAGAAAUAAAGGUCAACAUUCAGUUUAUGAGGAACAAUAUGACAGCCAGUAUGUUUGAUCUAUCAAUGAAGGACAAAACAAGAUCUCCUUUUGCAAAACUAAAAGAUAAAAUGAAAGGCAGAAAGAAUGAUGGGACGUUUUCUGAUACAUCUUCAGCGAUCAUUCCAAGUACGCAUAUACCUGAUGCUAACACUGAACUCUCAAAUAGUGAAGUACAGAUGAAAUCCAAACCAAAAAAGCCUUUUCUUUUGGGACCUCAGCGACUCUCUUCAGCUCAUUCAAUGUCUGAUUUAACGGCAUCACAUGUUUCUUCAGAGAAAUUGAAGACUAGCACUAUUGGUCAUACACAUCUUUUCAGGCGCCAGUUAGAGUCUUUCGAAUCUGUUGAGGAAAGUGGAAGUCUCAAAUCUCCACAUAGAAGAACAUUAAGUGCUGAUACUUCUAAAAUCAACCAACCUGACAGCAUAGUUGAUGAAGGUGAAUCAUCUUUUGGAACACAAAAUGACCCAUUUACAAAUGUGACUGCUUCAUUACCCCAAAAAUUUGCAACACUGCCAAGAAAGAAAAAUCCAUUUGAAGAAAGCAGUGAAUCAUGGGACAGUGGCGUGAAUUUAUUUUCAAAAUCAGUUGAAGUCAAAAAAGAAAAUAAAAGAGAGAAAAGGGAGAAAGUUAGUCUUUUUGAAAGAGUGACUGGGAAAAAAGAUAGCAGGAGGUCUGACAAACUUAGCAAUGGGGGAUCGGACAGUUCUUUUGACUUGAAAUCACCUAAUGCAUUUAUGGAAAAUCGCCAGGAUUAUUUUGAUUAUGAUUCUACUAACCCGUUUACAACAAACUUCAGGACUACAAACAUGAUGCCGUCUUCUAGUUUUCAUAUGAAACCGACAAGCAGUGAAGAUCUCAGGAAAACACUGGAUAGCAAUCCUUUUGAUGCCACUGCAGGGUAUCGAAGUCUUACCUAUGAAGAAGUGUUGCAAGAACUGGUGAAACACAAAGAACUACUUAAAAGGAAAGAUACCCACAUCCGUGAGCUUGAGGACUACAUUGACAAUCUUCUUGUAAGAGUAAUGGAAGAAACUCCAAGUAUUCUCAGAGUGCCAUAUGAACCUUCAAGAAAAGCUGGCAAAUUUUCUAAGAGUUAAUAAGUCAGUUAACGCUGUGUUUCGUACUUUAAACAGUGCUGAUGGAAGACACUGCACAACAGGUUUAAAUUUUGUUCCUUUUUUUCCUGUUAAUUUCUCAGAAAUUGCUUUAAGUUUAACUAGUAGUGGGGAUUGCCAAAAAAGUGUCAUCUCUGAAGUGAGCUAAGUGAUAUAAAUCUUUAAAUUAAAAAAGGCUAGCAUCUCUAGGGUAUGUAACUUUUCCUUGGGUGUAAAUUAGGCCUUCUAAGCCUACUUCCCUACUUCCUGAUUAAUCUAUUGGUGCGGACAUUUACCUUAGUAACAUUCACCUUCCAAAAUGCCUGUCUGUUGCUAAGACUUUUCAUCAUUCAGAUCCUGCCUUCUGAAGUGUGAUAAAUUUUUUGAUUUUUUUUUUCAGAAAUCAAUUUGAGGAUAAUAUUUAGCCACAAAACUACUAAUUACGUAUAUGUACAAAUAAGCAUUUUAUAUUUAUAAUUGAUACAUUUUAAUGCUGAAUUUCCCAUGUACUUCAUUUGAAUGUGUGAAUGUGUUUUAUUUAUUGGUGCAAAUCAAAAAUCAGUUCUUACUAGUAUUACUGUUUAUGCAGAAACUGUUUUGACUCAAUCCUAACCAUGUGAUAACUUGGUUUGAAAGGGAACUGCAAUGUAAUGUAAUACUCUAAAAUCCAUUCCUGGUAUUCAUCAGAAGAAAUGACCCAAAAGUGGUGGAGUGUCAUACUUAUGUAAUAUUGAGACUCUCUUAGGAUAUUUCAACUUUAAGAUCUUAGAUAUUUGUUGGAGCUCAUAUUUUUUUUAUCCUAAAGUUUGAGUUUUGUGUGAAAACUGUAAAGUUGGUAACAAACUAAUAAAAUACGUGGGGUUUUUUUUUUUGGUAAAGAUUUUGCAUGCUUUUAAAGAUGUGGACAAGUUGUUACAAAGAAAAAUGUCAAAAGAAAGUUGGAGGAAGAGGAAAGAUAUAGUCAAAUACUUGAAUAAUUUGUAAUAGAGGCACAUAAGACAUUUAGAAAUGAGCAUAAAAUGGGUUGUGUUGUAGGAAUAUUGACAAAACCAAAAUACAUUUUAAACAUUAAGAGUUUCAGGGUAAGGAAUUUUUAAACUUUAAACCUAAAAAAAGGCUAGAUAACGGGAUUGUGAAAUUUUAGUGCACGUCUUUACUCAAUAAUAUAUAUUUACAUUUCUUAAGGUUCAGUUAGUGAUAUGAUUUUUUUUCUGGUGAAUUUUUCAUUCCUCUACAGAGCACGCUUAGUUACUUUUAUAGGUCAUCUUUAGAUAUUGUUGUAAAAUGCAUGUGAAAUUAUCCCAUCAUUUCAGGUGGAAAUGUAGUGGUGAAAAAAAAAGUUUUUGUUUUUAAACUUUAUGUUUGAUGACUUUAAAGAAAUUAUUACAAUGAUAAGCUAAGAAGGAAGCUUUAUCUUCUUAAUGUUAAGAUGUUAAGUUCAUUUCAAAAAUUUGGGAUAUGUCUUUCUGCACCCUGUUGUCCCUGUUCUUUAAUGAACUUUGUAAUUUUUCUGAUACUUAUAGCUCAGCUUCACUAAAAAUAUAUAAUAAAGUAGAUGUAAUUCAUAAAAAGAGCUAAAGGACUUCUUUUUAAGAUAGUAUUUAGAAUUAUCUUUUUGAUCAUUUUAAUAUUUGGGGUCAGAGACUAUUGAGUGUACUUAUCCGAAGGAUCUGGCCUUUAUUUACAAGAUUUACUUGCUUCUCCUAAGGAAGCAUCAUUUUAAAGUUCUGAAAUAAUUUUCAUAAGUAGCAUGUAGUUCAUUUUCUAAAAUUAGGAAGAUGGGAAAUGGAAAAUUGAUUUUGCCCAUUUUUUUCCCAAACUUACUUUAUGUUUAGAAUCUAUAGUCACUAUACCUCAAAUAUCAAUGUGUUUUUUUUCUAAUUUGAAGUCUCAGUAACAAAUAUUUUUGAAUCUGGUGCCAAAGGUUAUGAUUUUUAUCACUAUGAUUCACUUAGAUUUAAAAAAACCCAAACAAACAUUAAAUCUUUUUUUAAAGAUCAAAAGAUAAGGUUAGAGUCAUUCAUUUCUGCCACAAAGAUUCUUGGAUAUUUUAGUAUACUUUGGCCAAAUUUGCUUUUACAUAAUUAAUUUUUAUUUUGCCAUAGGUACCCACAUAUCUCAUGUCGUAAGUAUGACACAAUCAAAUCUACUUUAAAGGAGAGGAUAUUUUCCUGCAUAAAGAAUCAAGAAUCAAUAAGCUGUUCGUUUUUAUCAUUGUAAGCCAAAAUGAGUAUUAUAUUAAAACUUGAUUUUAAUUGCACUUAGUACCACCUGAAACUAUUUCAAUUAUUGGUUACUGUCACAUGACUUAGAGCUGAAUGCUGUUUUCAUUAUAAUUACAUUAUAAAUCAAUGUAAUUAAAAGCAGAGAAAAAAAUUACUCCUCAGAUUUUGUUUACAAAUGAAAGUGUCUUUACUCUGUCCUUGGUUGAAAGUAGAAACAAAACUGUCUUCAAUUUUUAGAAUUGCAAAAAGGCAGAAAAUAAUAUCUUAGCUUGUAUUUUUGAAGUAUAACUUUAUAAUUAUUCACAUUAUCAGAGAUUUGAUUAUGUAUUUUUUUAGGUUAGUAGUUUAGAAAUGAGGGUACAAUUAAUGAUUUUUUUUAACAGAAAGUAUGAUACUUAUAAACAUAUUUAUUCCUCUUUGUGCUGAAACACAUCUAUAUACUCCAAAGCAUUUCACUGGUCUUUUAAUCAUAAAACGAUUUACACAGUAUAUCUCAAAACCUGUUAUAAGCUGAGAAACUUCUAUUGUAUUGAUUUAAAAGGUUUUAUUUUGUAAAAUCACUUCUACAUGCAAAUUUCAUUUCAGUAUUAAUUCCAAUUUAGUUAUAAUAAUAUUGGAAAUACUUGCCCACAGUUAAUUCUUUUAACUUUCAUUUAUGGGACAAAUACCAGAGUCAUAUUUUAGAAUUGUAGUUAAAAUUAUAACUUAUUACCCAUUCAAGAAGAAUGUAUAACAUUUAGAUGUUACUUUUUGCUGCUAUAUUUUGUAUUGAAUUUGUUUUGUCACCUUUGCAUGCAUGAAUGUAGCAUUAUCCAUAGAUUAGCCACAACUACAUCUAUUGCUUUUGGCAGGAAAUCAAGAUCUAGUUUUAAUUUUCCAGCUGUGAAAAUGUUACGUGGUUCUUAAAACAGAUUUCAUGAACAGAAACCCAAGCAAAACUAAGCUCAUCAGUGAACAACUUGCUUUCUUCCCAUGUGCUUCCCUUACCCCCAUUUUCCUCAAAGGGACGGGAUGCAUUUUCUUUGACUAGGAGAAUCUUAAAAAGAAAUAAGAACUGCUUUCUUUAAUGUAUCUACAAGAAAUGUUGUACCAGAGGUUUCAUUUUCUUCUAUAGCUUUUAAGAAAGAGCCCAUCUUGGAUUUGUAAAUCAAUCCGAAACUUUUUGAUGUUCAUGUACUCAUACAUCUUGUUGAUAUGGUAGGUGUAAGUUGUGUGUGUUAAAAUGAACUUUAAGAGCAUGUUGAUUCACUUACUCUCUUUGAAGUAAGAGGUGAAGGAUUAUGGCAUUGCUAGUUCAUGAUACUAGAUUUAAAGGUCUGUCAGCACUUCCAUUGUAAACUCCAUUUUAAUGGAUUUAUAACUUUAAUAAUCCAGAUGUAAUCAUUGGAAGUAUUUAAUAUGCAAUAGAUAGCACCUUAACUAAUCUGCAUAUGAAGGGUUUUCAGAUGCAUUUAUUAAGAACUGUAGAAGCUCUUCAAGCAUUAAACUAGACUUGACAUCAUUUAUUUCAUUUAUUUUUUAUGUCAAAGAAUCCACUCUUAUGUGGAAUUGAAAUCUGUUACAAAUAAUACAUUUGGGCUUAUUCAUGUUAGAAGCUUCCAGAUGUUUUGUAUUUUGAAGUAUGAAGAAUUGCUGCAGAUCCUAGAAUGUGUAUAUUUAGCAGGUAUGCAAAAGAUAUAAACAAUAUUUAUAAUAAAAGAGUACAUACUUGUCUUAUUAAAAAUACUAUAGUAACUUGUACACAUUUUUGAAGGUACAAAAUUCACAAGUAUAUUUAAAUAUUGUAUAAUGUGACACCAAAUUUAUGUAAUCUGAUGCAUGAAGAAUCAGAAUUUUUAUAUUACAUAUGAUAAGUAUUGAUUUAUUAUAGCUGAUUAAAGUGUAUAAUUUUAAUAUUUUAUUUAAUUGCAUGUCUAAAAUAUUAAUAAAUUUCCAAGUACAU